AUGGCGGACACCAAGGAGAUUGAUUACACCCUUAACAACCCCGAUACCCUCACCAAGUACAAGACUGCCGCCCAGAUCUCUGAGCAUGUGCUAGCUGCCGUCAAGGAGCUCUGCACUCCUGGUGCCAAGAUCGUCGACAUCUGCGAGAAGGGUGACAAGCUCAUCGAGGAGGAGGUUGCCAAGGUCUACCGUGGCAACAAGAAGAUCACCAAGGGUUCCGCACACCCUUGCACCGUGUCGCCUGCCUCCUACGUUACUCCUUACACUCCUCUCAAGUCCGAUGAGGCCGAGGCUGCCGUCGAGCUUCAGGCCGGCGAGCCCGUCAAGAUCCAACUCGGCGCCCAGAUCGAUGGCUUCGGUUCGAUUGUCUGCGACACCAUCAUUGCCGGCCAGGCUGACAAGGAAAUCACCGGCCGCCCCGCCGACCUCAUGCUCGCCACAUACUAUGCCAACGAGUUGCUCCUCCGAUUGAUGCUUCCUCCUGGCUUGCUCGCUUCCGGAACCGAUGAGGAGAAGGCCAAGGCUGCUGCCGCGAAGCCCCCCACCCAGUCCAAGAUCACCAGCCUACUCGAAAAGGUUGUCAAGAGCUACGACUGCAACCUCGUCGAGAGCACCACUACGUGGCUCUUCGACCGCAAUGAAAUUGAAGGCCAGAAGAAGAUCGUUCUCGCCCCCGCUGAAGGCACCAAGGGAGAGGGUUCUCCCGCCAUCGGUGAGGUGUGGGGCGUUGAGACGGGCGUCAGCUUGGGUAGCGGCAAAGUAAAGACGCUCGAGCAGCGUGCCACCCUCCACCGCCGUACCCUCCAGACCUAUGGCCUCAAGCGUCCUACCUCCCGCAAGAUCCUUUCCGAGGUUGUCAAGAAGUUCGGAAACUUCCCUUUCUCGCUUAGGCAGCUUGAAGAUGAGCGUGACGCCAAGUCCGGUGUCGUCGAGUGCGUUCGUGGCAACGUCUUCCGUCAGUACGAGCUCGUCGGCGACAAGGACAACAGCCCUGUUGCCCGUCUCCUAACCACCAUCGCCAUCACCAAGAACGGCAUCACUAAGCUCGGCGGACCGCAACCUCUUGACAUUAGCAAGUACAAGUCGGAUAAGAAGAUCACUGAUGAGGAAAUCCUCAAGAUCCUCGAACAACCCCUGGCGAGGAACACAGGAAAGAAGAAGACCAACAAGAAGAAGAAGAAGAAGGCCGCCAAGAAGGAGGGAUCUGAGGAGGAAGAGAGCGACGAGGAAUAA